CAAGGUUCAUUUGGCUCAUAGCCUCCAGCAACAAAAUCGACCGCCACUCGCCUUUGGUGAUACUGUUCUUGCGACGUGAGAAUUUGCUGAUGGCGACAAUGACUCAAACCGUGGCAGUUGAAACUGAGAGAAGCUGGGGCAACGGUUCUUCAUGUGGUUCCAGUGCUACUUCCUCCAGCGUCAGUGAGAAGAAACCUUUGUCAGAUCAGGAACGGAUGCCUCCAACGGCCUCCCUGCUGUUGAUCCACUACUUCCUGGUUUUGGCCACGGUAAAUCUGGUGAUCACCAUCCCCACGGCCAAUGAAUAUUCGGAGCGCUUGGGGGCUGGGCGCUUGUUUGCUGGACUUAUGAUUGGUUGCUUGCCUAUCCUGGGCAUUGCCGGCAAUUUGGUGAAUCAGAAACUCUUUUCCUGUUUGCCCUUGAAGACCAUUUGGAUUUUGAAUUGCUUGGGAACAGUGCUGGGUUGCGUGCUCUACGCUUUGGCGGGUCUGAUGAAAUUCAAAUGGACACUAUUGAUCUCAAGAGGCCUCAUGGGCUUUUGUAGCGCCUUCAGCCUGCCGGGGAUCUACGUCUCGCACACCGUGGGCCUCAAAAGGCGUAGCGAGAUCUUGUUCUACUUCUCUGCUGUGCUAACCUUGGGAUGUGCCGUGGGGCCCGCUUUGGCCGCUAUGCUGGAGGCAUUCAUGAAGUUCAUCCGAAUCGAGAAUUUGGUCUUGGACUCGGACACUAUCCCUGGAUGGUUUAUGGCGGUGUUGUAUCUCUUGUUCACGGUGGCGUCCCCGGGAUGGUGGAUGUCGGGUAACCGGAAACCCCAUUCUGGCUGGUUCCUGUAUUUUUUUACUGGAUACUAG